AUGAUAAAUUCACCUUCGAAGAUUAAUUCUACUGCAAACAAUAGCAUUUGGGGCAACCUUGUCAAUAGUUCCUCUAGCCCACGUCAUCAACAAGGUCUUUCUUCUCCUCUCUUGAUGCCAAGCCGACAAGAGGACUCCCAAACAUCCAACAAUAACGCUUCUGUUGGUAUUAUCACAAGGAACACCAGUGAGCAACAUGAUAGAGGUAAUUUGAUUGACAGAAGCCAAACCAAUGGCAACAGUACCAUUGGAGACCUGAUUAAAGAUAUUGACGAAGAAGAUCCUACCAUCAUCUCUGACAAUGAAUUCUUCUACUCAACCCAUCAGAAUAAUAGUAAUAAUGGAACUGCCCAUCAUUACUCUCCUCCUCAACAGGAAGCAGCUGACAAUGACUUUUUCAUUAGAUCUCCUCUGAAAGGAAGAAAGUCAGGAGCAAGUUUGAACGGAAGUAACAGUAAUCAAGGUACACCAACCAUGGUCCAUCUUACCAAUCAGCAACACAUGUUAAUGAUGUCAUCACCUGGACAGUCUUCCAUUCUUUUGAACUCACCAAAUAUGAGUCCUCAUGGAUGGGUCAAUGAGAAGAUUUUCCUUGAAAAUAAGAUUGCUAAAUUGUCAAGUGAGCUUUAUCAAUGCCAAUGUGAAAUACAAAGGCUUAAUAAGGUUUUGGAUGAAUACAGAAGAAAGGAGAAUGCAAAAAGUGGUGGUAGUCAUAGUACUUCCACUGUUGGUAACAGUCCAAGCCCAACAGAGAUGAACGGCAUCACGACUGGUACUGGUGGUGUAGAAAGACCUCUUUCUCCUUCUUCAACCUGCACAACCUCUUCAUGGUCAGCUGUGGGUGCUGGAAAUGGUACAGUUGGUUUCAAUGAUGGUUCUUCUCAACCAUUUAUGGGAUCAAGCAACAUUGUGGGAGACUAUGGCUCAUCAAUUUCUCAAUACUCUCUCAUGACCAAUCCUGCUCAACAAUUGUUGAUUUCUCCAAGAAAAUCACCAACACCGGCAAAUGUCACAAACACUCCAGGAAGAUACAAUAGAAGUAAUAGCUUUGGUUCCAAUGGAAGUGAUGCUCCAAAUACUAAUCUUAUGCAAACCAAUCGAUUGAGUGUAUUAGCAACACCAAACAGAGGUAUGAAUAAUAACUCUUCCAACAUGGACUCUUUCUUCCCAAGCACCAUGAAUCAAGAUUUGACCAUGUCACCAAACAGAAUGAUGCCCAUGAAUGGAAUGCCAAUCGUUAUGGAAUCUCCAAUUUCUACAACACCACUAAGUUCCGGAUCAAAUCCAAGAAAAUACAACAGCAACAAUGGUGUUGUUGGACCUACAUCUCCAUUUACCACUACUCCAUCCAUUACAAACAAUAAUGGACGAAUGAUGUUCACAACUCCAGUUACUAAUCCUUCUCCUAAUAAUCUAUACUUUAAUAGUUCAAUUGCAAUCACACCAAAAAGUGCUGCAAGCAGUGUUAGCAGUAGUAGUGCUAGCACCUCAAGUAGUACUCCACCUCUAAGUGACCUCAGUAACGGAGCAGUAAGUGGAAUGCAACAACAAGCCAAGUCACAAUCUCCUAAAUUGCCCAAUGCAUCUGGAAAUUCUCAAGUCAUUCAUCACAACACUACUUCUGGUAAUGAAAUUGUCUACUUGUUGAGUGGCGGUGGUGUUGGAUCUAUCAAAGUGUAUGACCUUUCUCGUGAAGAGUUUACUCAAGCUCAAGACAAUCAACAACAACAUGCAAAGAGAGGUUUCGACAAACAUUCAUUGACUGAUUAUUACUUGUCUCUCAAGGGACAUUCAAGAUUUGUCUCUGCUUUGCAUAGCCAUCAUGGAAAGAUUUGCAGUGGAUCUGGUGACAACUCAAUCCGUAUUUGGGAUUUUAGUACUGGAGAAUGCCAACAUGUACUGGCUGGUUGUGAAGGAAAGGUUGGAGCCUUGUGCAGCUAUUAUGGAACAUUGAUAAGUGGAUCUAAGGAUGGUAAUUCUCAUCGUAUUAGAGCAUGGGACAUUGAGAAGGCCACAUGUGUCAAAUGUAUUCCUGCUCACAAUGAUUGGAUCAAUGUUUUGUGUGCAAGUGAUACUACUCUUUUCAGUGGUUCCGGCGAUAAGAAGGUUAAAGUUUGGUCUGGACCUAAUUUUGAAAACACUCUCACAUUGGAAAAUCAAAGCUUUGUUUUGUCUUUGGUUUAUGAUCCAACCUAUAAUACCUUGGUUGCAGGAACCUAUGAUGGUUACAUUAGAAUUUGGGACAUUAGAGCAGGUUCAAAGUUUUUGAAACAAAUCAAGGCUCAUACCAACGGAGUUCUCUCAUUGUGCUAUCAUAAGGGAAUGUUGUGCAGUGGUAGCAAAGACCAAACCAUUUCUAUUUACGAUCCAAAAACAUGGAACAGAGAGGCACAACUUAUUGGACACACUGAUGCCGUAAAAUGCCUUGUCUCUUAUCAAAACCAAUGGUUAUGUAGUGGUUCUUAUGAUCGAACUGUUAAACUUUGGAAUUUGGAAACUGCUACUCGAGGAAGCUAUUGCACGAUCGCCACUGGUUUCAAGAAUUACACACUCACUUGCCACACUGCUUAA